CCUCUUGGCUCCCGGGCCUUUUGCAGCAAUUGCCGCGAAGUCCUGCGGACGAAGCGGGUGGAGGCAGUGGCGCCGCGUGGCUCCGUGACCUCCAGCCCGGCGACCGCCGCCCCACCCCGCCACCCCCUUGUUUGCAAAGCUCAGGGUCGCCGGCAUGGUUUUCCUCACUUUCCAGCUUUGGCUCCGCAGCCGGUUGACCGACCGCUUCUGGCGCAAGCAGGAGAUCCUUAAGCAUGCCCGGCAUUUUCGUGGACGGAAGAACCGUUGUUACAGUUUGGCAUACCGGGCUGUUCGGAGGGCCUUUGUUUAUGCCACCAAGGCCAGAGUGCUAAAAAAGAGAGACAUGCGGAAGCUUUGGGAAACCAGGAUUGAAGCGGCAUCGCUGGAGCAUGAUGUGAAGUACCACGUUUUCAUAAGUGGCCUUUAUAAGUGUCAGGUGGAACUGAAUCGGAAAUCACUGGCUGACCUAGCAAUCUAUGAACCGAAGACAUUCAAAUCUUUAGCUGCUUUAGCCAAAAGGAGAGGAGAAGAAGGGCUCCUUGCUGCCCAGGGAGAAGAAAAGGAACCUGAAGGAAUAUUUUCCCGCUUAUUGAAAUAUCCGUGAAGGGGAUGCUCUCCAGAUGAGCUGGGAUCAAAUUAAAAAGGGACAUUUUUAAAAUAAAAGUUUUGAAAAAAUUUC